AUGGUUGCAAGCGAUUUCUUUCUAUUAUUUAUCAAUCACAAGGGUAGAUUUGCGACUAUCGAUGGGUAUGAGGCGUAUUAUACUGAUUGUGUUGCCACGGUUACUGGGUUGGAUGCAGAUAGGCUAGAUAUAACAGAUGAUGCUGGUGUUCUGGACUGUUUGGGUCAAAUGCAGGGAAACAAAAGAUAUGUUGAAAUAUAUGUGCAAACUGAACAUUUAAAGAAACUGUGUGGGGUUGCUGUGUGUCAACAAGAAAAUGAAUCUAGGAAUAGGUUAUCUGAAGUUGCUGAGAGGAAAAGGAAUUCGAGAUUACCACUCUUCAAAUCCAUAAGCACGAAGACGUUGGGAUCGGAUUUCAGCACAAAGCUCCCAGACAUUGACCUCACUCGCCUCAGCUGCACGCACAUGAACGCCGCUGUUUCUCGGCUGCGGCUAUUCGUUCUUCGUCGGGCUGUUCACACCCGAAAGGGCUGCCGAUGCUAUUCGGGCCCUAGAAGAAGGCCGACGGGGUGCCGCUGCUGCUCGUUCUCGGUUCGACUACCUCGCGUCGCCGGGAAUCUUGUCGUUGGGCCGAUUCGGCUGCUCUCGCCGGGAAAUUGGACUCAGGUCGCGGAGGAGCUCGGGGAAUUGCGGCUCGAGAUAGAAGUUAGUUGUCCGUCUAGAGAUCGGAGGUCAGAGCUCAAAGGUCUCGGAGGUCGUCGGCGCGCACGGACUCCUCGUAGCCAGAAAUGGCUGGCUCUCGAAUUCGCUGGUUCUGCUCGUAGUCGGGCUGGUGGUGAUCGACUCGCCGGAACAUGGUGCCCUUGCUGUCGAAAAAAAACGAAGCUCUGCCGUGAGGGAUGGCUGGUACAAUUGGGCCAUCCCUGCGAAUUCUCUGUGAACUUUUUACUGAAGGAGAAAAUGAGAGUGGCGGCUAAUUGGAGGGUUCCUUAA